AUGAUUUCUUCCAAACUAUUGAUGGUUUGCUGCUCUUUGAGGAGUCUUGGUUGUUUCUCUGCAAUGCACUUCGGAAUUAGAAAAAAUCAUCAUUGGCUUCUCAAAUUAGAAAAUCAUCAUCAUGAUUUAAAGUUCUUUUCAAUAAGUCAUGAUAAACUUCAAUUCAACAACACGAAUAAUUAUUUAUUAACAUCAUCAUCUUCAGGUAAGAAAGAAAACCAGGAAGAGGAUGAUGUACAGCAAGAGGAAGAAGAAUUUGAUGAAAAUAUUGAACAUUCAGAUUUUGAAUACGUGCCUCCAAAAUAUGUAAAUCCAGAAGACUUGCAUCCAGAUCGCCCAAUAUUUGAUGGACAUAUCCCGAAAGAAAAAUUGAUUAUUUCAUUUUCUAGAAGCUCUGGACCAGGUGGCCAAAAUGUAAAUAAGGUCAAUACCAAAGUUGACAUUAGACUUCCCAUAGAUUCCUCUGAUUGGAUUCCUGACAUUGUUAAGGAGAGACUGAAAGAGCUCUAUGCAAACAAAAUUAACAAGGAAGGCGAAUUAAUUAUUCAAGCAUCUAGUUUUAGAACUCAAGAUCAAAACAUGAAGGAUGGACUUCAUAGAUUGAAGGGAUAUAUUGCAGAAGCGUAUAACAUUCCUAAAGAAUGGAAGCCAAGAGAAGGUAGAACGGAAAAAGGUGAUGCUAUUCGAUUGAAAGACAAGAAAAAACAUUCUGAAAAAAAGCAAAGAAGGCAAGAAGGAAAGAGAAUUAGAAACAUUUAUGACAUUUAA